AUGGGUAACCCUGACGACAUUGCGGCCCAUGCCGCGAGCUCCAAGAGUGCCGACGCUGAUGCCGAUGUUAUACGCGUGCAGAACGCGGAUGAGCUGCGGCUGGCGCAGAUGGGCCACAAGCAAGAGUUGAAGAGGCAUUUUUCGGUAUGGAGUUUGAUCGGGUUGGCGGCGAACUGUACCAUUUCCUGGACGGUUAUCUAUGGCUUCAUCCUAGUGUUCAUCCUCCAAUGCUUCCUGGGCGCCUCGCUGGCGGAGUUCGUCUCUGCGUACCCCGUCGAAGGCGGCAUGUACCACUGGAUCGCGGCGAUUGCGCCGAAGAGAUUCAACAGCAUACUCAGUUUUGCCACGGGCUGGAGCACAGUGUUUGGAUGGAUAUUUACGACCGCGUCGACGAAUCUGAUCUACGCAACCAACUUCAUGGCCUUGAUCGCCAUCUACAAGACCGACCUUGUGUUGCAGCCGUGGAUGACCUUUGUGGCGUACCAGGGGCUCAAUCUUCUGACAUCGGGGAUUGUCAUGUUUGGCAAUCGCUAUAUCCCUCUGAUUAACAAGUUCUCCUUGUGCUACCUCCAGCUGGCGUGGUUCGUCAUCAUGGUCACCGUCGCCGCAUGCGCGCCGGCUCAUAACGACUCCAAAUUCGUCUUCCGGACGUGGAUCAACGAGACCGGCUGGGAAAACAACGUCAUCUGCUUUAUUACGGGGCUGGUGAACCCGCUUUACUCUCUGGGUGGAUUGGACGGGAUCACACCUGGACGCAACGCUCCUCUAGCAUUAGCCUGCACCCUCACCAUAGCCUUCGUUACGGGCCUGACCUACCUGCUCAGCCUGAUGUUCUCGGUGCAAGAUUACCAGAGUCUCGCGAGCAGCCGGACAGGCCUGCCGCUCGCCGAGAUAUUCCAGCAAGCGACGCAGACGCGCGGCGGGGCGUUUGGCCUCGUCUUUCUCCUCUGGAUUGCCUUGGGGCCAUGCACGAUCGGCUCGCAGCUUAGCACCGGACGCGUGUUCUGGGCUUUUGCCCGAGACGACGGCCUCCCCUUCUCGAAGAUGUACCUGCCCCGGCCCCGUGUAAGCUCACGCACGGGAACCCCGCUGAACGCACAGCUCUGCGUGGGUACGAUCAUCGCCCUGUUGGGGUGCAUCUAUCUCGGUUCAACCACUGCGUUCAACGCGAUGAUGAGCUCGGCAGUGACAAUCAACAACUUCGCAUACCUGGUACCUAUCCUCACGAACGUCGUCCUCGGCCGAAAGACUAUGCAGCGUGGACCGUUCGCUCUGAGCUCGGUCGUUGGGAUGGUGGUCAACAUUGUCACGGUGCUCUGGCUUCUGUUUGCCAUUGUCUUUUUUUCGUUCCCGUAUUAUAUGCCUGUGACCGCGUCGAAUAUGAACUACACGUGUGUAUGUGUUGGUGGGUUCUUGAUCAUCGAGCUUCUGUGGUGGGUGGUUGCGGGGAAGAAAUAUGCAAAGAGCAUGCAGAAGGCCAAGGAAGAGCAGAAUCAGGCGGUGGUGGUCGCCGAGGGGGAGAAGAGUGGAUAA